AUGUGGAUCUGCUUUAAAGCUGCAAUUCCGGAACCACCACAUCUUAAAAUUGGCGAUGAUACAAUUGAAAGAGUAAAGUCAUUCAAGUUGCUAGGUCUUUGGAUUGACAAUACCCUUAAAUGGAACACCCACAUUGACGAAAUUGCAAGGAGGGCAAACAAACGCUUAUUCUACCUACGAGAGUGUCGUUGAGCAGAUCUACCAACUAAUGUGGGUUUGACGUGCUAUGAAUCCAAAUUAAGACCAGUUUUGGAAUAUGCGGCCCCACCAGAAUAGAAGCCUGAAAAUUUUGGGUCUACCUUCUGAUUCUCUUCAAUCUCUAGAACAACGUCGGGAUAAACUUUCAAUUCGCGAGUACGAGAAAAUCAUUAAUGACGAAACACACCCAUGCAGGAAGUACAUACCAGACAUGGUGACGAACAAGUAUGACCUAAGAACACCAAAAACUCUAUAAAGCAUGAAAUAAAAGCUAGGCAAAAGGCGUUUAAAUCUGGAGAUAUAAGAAGGUACAAACUAUUAUGUGACAAAGUUACCUCACUUGUAUCAAAUGCGAAAAAGAAUUACUAUCAACUAAAAGCAGAGGGUACACGCGAAACGAAUCCGGCAAAGUGGUACAAAACCAUAUUUGAACUUGCUGCCGCUAAUGACUGUAACUCUCAACCACCAGCUGAUGCAGCAGAGUUAGCGGAACGCUUGCAACAAAGCUUCACCAAACCUUGGCAGAAUGCCAACCCCACUGAAAUUCCGGACGUUGGGGAAAUUGAAAACCUACUUAAGAAUGAUACCAGUCCCCCGUUGCCUUCCAUCGGACAAAUUAAGGCUACCCUUAAACAUCCAAAUCCCAGGAAGGCCACUGGCUCAGAUGAGAUCCCUCCAUGGUUACUGAAACGUUACCAUGAAGAACUUGCCCCUGUUAUUCAUAACAUCAUAUGCUCUAGCAUCUCCCAGGCUAAAUACCCAACCCUAUAUAAACAAGCAUUGGUCACCCCAGUGCCUAAAAUAUACCCUUCUAAUGACAUGGAUAAUGAUUUUCGCCAAAUCUCAGUAUUACCGCAAUUGGCUAAAGUCUUAGAAAGCAUCCAACUUAAAUUAAACAAAGUGGACCUUAAGAUCAAGGACAAUCAACAUGCAUUUACACACGGUAGAUCAACUGUAUCUGCACUGGCGAGCAUCACCCAAAAUUGGUUCAACAAGACUGAAAACUCACGUGAUGGAAGAAUGGGUAUCCACGCCCUAUUUAUUGACUUUUGCAAAGCAUUUGAUCUGGUGGACCACGGAUUGCUUUUAAGGAAGCUCGCCGAAAUGAACGUGUCGAAAAGCUUCUGGCUAUGGGCACGGAGCUUUCUAGAAGGGAGGAGUCAGCAAGUAAAAUUACAAGGUGCUCUGUCAUCUAUAAGGCCUUGCCCUUCUGGAGUCCCCCAGGGAUCUGUUAUAUCACCAACAUUGUUUAAUGUUCAUGUGGAUGACCUCGAAGACUGCAUUCCCAAUUAUCUGGACAUCAAUACGCACAAAUACGCAGAUGACUGCACUCAAGAUGAAAUGAUUCCAUACGGUUCUACUAGCAACAUGCAAGAGGUGCUCGAUGGAAUAAACGACUGGGCACAUAGAAACAAGAUGAAACUUAACGCGAAAAAGACGAAAGACAUGUGGAUCUGCUUUAAAGCUGCAAUUCCGGAACAACCACAUCUUAAAAUUGGCGAUGAUACAAUUGAAAGAGUAAAGUCAUUCAAGUUGCUAGGUCUUUGGAUUGACAAUACCCUUAAAUGGAACACCCACAUUGAUGAAAUUGCAAGGAGGGAAAACAAACGCUUAUUCUACCUACGAGAGUGUCGUCGAGCAGAUCUACCAACUAAUGUGGGGCAAUGAUAUGAAUUGUUCCAAUGAUGCUAUUACUGUUGCUACCAAAAGUUGACGAGAAACUGUUGAAAGUGGAACAUUGCCUACAAAUCCAGAAAGAAUUUCAAUGGACGGUGCUGUAAACUAGAAUUUGGACAUUGAAAGUUUAGACCAGGACAAUAGGCAAUUCCAGCUUUUAGUUUAUGCGUGCAGGGGACGAUGGGAAGUAAGGUAUCGCAUUGCUGAUUAUGCUGAAAAAAUAAUGGAGUGAUAGCUUAUACUUGUAAAUAUUGAAAUAUUUUGGUUGCUUCGGUAGUUUUUAUUGAAAUUUUUCAGCAUAAUCAGCACUAUGAUACCUUACUUCCCAUCAUCCCCUACAGGCAUAAACUAAAAGCUGGAAUUGCCUAUUUGACGCUAUUGAAGCUCUUGUAUCCAGAAAAGAUAUCAUUGUUCAUUGUUGUGGGCCCAACUGGCUUCCAAAACAACGGCAUCUGUUUGAGUUGAUUAAUUAGGUAUAUCUACAUAAAUUAAAAAAAAAACAGGAGUUAUCGAAACUGACAUAUUGAAUGUAGCUCUGACUGGCUAUUUCUAGCACAAGUAUAUCAGACCAUAUUUAAUGUAUCUUUGUGAUUGGUUAAUCCUAGUUAUAUAAUACUAUGUUAAUAUUGGUUAAUCCUAAUUAUAUGAUACUAAUAUUAUAUAUUUAGCUGAAGUU